AUGGAGCCGUGUACUUCAGACAGCAGCUGUGACAGUGACAAUCUGCCUUCAGAGAAGACAUUGGAUUAUGCACACCUCAUGCUCGAUUCAAGCACUUUGUCUUGCAACUUGGAACAAGUGAAAAGCGCCAACAAAAAGGCGAUCAAAGACAUUGAGAUUCUUUUGUUGCAAAACAAUCGACUGCGCUCUCUACCUCCCAACAUUGAUAUUUUGAGUAGUCUCAGAGUUUUGGAUGUUAGUUCGAACGGGCUGACGCACAUUCCUGAAGAGAUCGCUGUAUGUCCCUUGGUGACCUUUGCAGCAAAGAAUAACGCGUUAGAGGAUGAAUCUCUUCCGAAAUCCCUGUCUACUAUGAAGACCCUGAAGGAAAUCAACCUGAGUGGCAAUCGACUAACUGCAUUCCCACCGCAAAUCCUGGAACUCUCCAACGUCAAGUAUUUGUAUCUGGGAGGAAACCAAAUAACAUGCGUCCCCAGAGAUAUCUGGAAACUAAUAAGCUUGCAGGUUCUGUAUAUUGGAGGCAACCAGCUGACUGAGGUUCCAGUGACUGUUGGAAAACUGGGAAACCUACAAGCUCUUGUGCUAAGUGACAACCAACUGGAAAGCCUGCCUGCUUCAAUCGCCAAUCUCAAGCACCUGCGAUCACUUCUUUUGCAUAAAAACCGCCUGCGAACGCUCCCGCCUGAAAUAGUUGGAUUGAAGUGUUUAGCUGAGCUCAGCCUGCGCGACAACCCCUUGGUGGUGAGAUUUGUCAAUACUAUGUCAUUGAACCCACCCAGCCUUUUGGAGCAUGCAGGAAGAGUAAUUAAACUACACAACAUCUCCUACAAUCCAGAAGACCUGCCACACCAUCUGGUGGAGUACCUUGGCAGUGCACAUCACUGUGUCAACCCAAAAUGUCAAGGUGUUUACUUCGACAAUAGAGUGGAACAUAUCAAGUUUGUGGAUUUCUGUGGAAAAUAUCGCAUUCCAUUGCUUCAAUACUUGUGCUCCUCCAAAUGUAUACAAGGAACGCAAGAAGAUGGCCAAGCAUGUUGCUCUGCUAACCCUUCAAUGAUUCAAAAAGUUCUUCUCGGUUGAAGGAAGUUGUGAAUUAUUUUGUUAUAUUCUUGGUUUUGAAAAAGUCCAUAUUUGGGGUCUUCAAAGAAAUGGCAUAGAAUAAGCAAGGACAAUUUAAUCCAUUAAAAGCUUGACACAGCAAAGAUGGG